CGCCCCCUUUCGUGCAAAACGACUUCACGGUGAAGUUCAAGUGUCCGCAGGAGAUGGAAGGGGGGAUUUCAGAUCUUCUCAUUUUCACAGACGGCCUAAUCCAUCUGCGUAAUGGACCUCGGAAAGCUGCCUCCCGUUAAGGGCGCCCAGGUACUGUCAAAGCUCCUUCCCUGCCCGGACCGGGAGAAGUAAGGGGUGUGAAGGCGGAGCCACUUGGCUGGCGACACCCUCUCGAAGUCCAGCCCUUACCCGCCUUCCUACCACCUUAGGGGAUUUCACCCUCUCAAUGAAAGGCAGAUGUCCCUUUAAGGUUUGCUUCUACAGCCCGUGGACUUUAGCCUAAACACGGACCCGCGAAGCUGGCUUUAUUUGUCCAUGUCUCGGACAGAGCCUGGGAAGCUGCCAGUGAGAUUUCAGAGACCAAGAGCGCGCAGGGGCGGGCGAUGUGGCAAUCCGUCUGGGAUAUGAAAAGCGUGGAGCGCACUUAGAGGCAUUGGACGAAAACACAGGAAAUCACUCCUCUCCCGCUCCUGGGCGCCGCUGCCACUGGGGCAGAGGACUGGGAACCGCGGCAGCCGGCUGAGUGGCCCAGCCAGAGCGCGCAGCUCCCGCGCCGGGUCCUGCCAGGUCCUGCCCUGCGAACCAGCGCGGCCCCCUGGCGCUGAGGCCGCUCCGGCCAUGGCCCCUCGGCCCCGCGCCCGCCCAGGGGUCGCUGUCGCCUGCUGCUGGCUCCUCACUGUUGUUCUACACUGCUGCGUAUCAUUCAAUGUUGAUGUGAAAAAUUCAAUGACUUUCAGUGGCCCAGUGGAAGAUAUGUUUGGAUAUACUGUUCAACAAUAUGAAAAUGAAGAAGGAAAAUGGGUGCUUAUUGGUUCUCCUUUAGUUGGCCAACCCAAAAACAGAACUGGAGAUGUCUAUAAGUGUCCAGUUGGGAGAGGUGAAUCAUUACCUUGUGUAAAGUUGGAUCUACCAGUUAAUACAUCAAUUCCCAAUGUCACAGAAGUAAAAGAGAACAUGACAUUUGGAUCAACUUUAGUCACCAACCCAAAUGGAGGAUUUUUGGCAUGUGGGCCCUUAUAUGCCUAUAGAUGUGGACAUUUGCAUUACACAACUGGAAUCUGUUCUGACGUCAGCCCCACAUUUCAAGUCGUGAAUUCCAUUGCCCCUGUAAGAGAAUGCAGCACUCAACUGGACAUAGUCAUAGUGUUAGAUGGUUCCAACAGUAUUUACCCAUGGGACAGUGUUACAGCUUUUUUAAAUGACCUUCUUGAAAGAAUGGAUAUUGGUCCUAAACAGACACAGGUUGGAAUUGUACAGUAUGGAGAAAACGUGACCCAUGAGUUCAACCUCAAUAAGUAUUCUUCCACCGAAGAGGUACUUGUUGCAGCAAAGAAAAUAGUCCAGAGAGGUGGCCGCCAGACUAUGACAGCUCUUGGAAUAGACACAGCAAGAAAGGAGGCAUUCACGGAAGCCCGGGGUGCCCGAAGAGGAGUUAAAAAAGUCAUGGUUAUUGUGACGGAUGGAGAGUCCCAUGACAAUCAUCGACUGAAGAAGGUCAUUCAAGACUGUGAAGAUGAAAACAUUCAACGGUUUUCCAUAGCUAUUCUUGGCAGCUAUAACCGAGGAAAUUUAAGCACUGAAAAAUUUGUGGAGGAAAUAAAAUCAAUUGCAAGCGAACCCACUGAAAAACAUUUCUUCAAUGUCUCUGAUGAAUUGGCUCUAGUCACCAUUGUUAAAACUCUGGGAGAAAGAAUAUUUGCCCUGGAAGCUACAGCUGACCAGUCAGCAGCUUCAUUUGAAAUGGAAAUGUCUCAGACUGGCUUCAGUGCUCAUUAUUCACAGGACUGGGUCAUGCUUGGAGCAGUAGGAGCCUAUGAUUGGAAUGGAACAGUUGUCAUGCAGAAGGCUAGUCAAAUCAUCAUCCCUCGAAACACAACCUUUAAUGUUGAGUCUACCAAAAAGAAUGAACCGCUUGCUUCUUAUUUAGGUUACACUGUAAACUCUGCUACUGCUUCUUCUGGAGAUGUGCUCUAUAUUGCUGGACAGCCUCGGUACAAUCAUACAGGCCAGGUCAUUAUCUACAGGAUGGAAGAUGGAAACAUCAAAAUUCUCCAGACACUCAGUGGAGAACAGAUUGGUUCCUACUUUGGCAGUAUUUUAACAACAAUUGACAUUGACAAGGAUUCUAAUACUGACAUUCUUCUAGUCGGAGCCCCUAUGUACAUGGGAACAGAGAAAGAGGAGCAAGGAAAAGUGUAUGUGUAUGCUCUCAAUCAGACAAGGUUUGAAUAUCAAAUGAGCCUGGAACCUACUAAGCAGACGUGCUGUUCAUCUCGGCAGCACAAUUCAUGCACAAAAGAAAACAAAAAUGAGCCUUGCGGGGCUCGUUUUGGAACUGCUAUUGCUGCUGUAAAAGACCUCAAUCUUGAUGGAUUUAAUGACAUCGUGAUAGGAGCUCCGCUGGAAGAUGAUCACGGGGGAGCUGUGUACAUUUAUCAUGGAAGUGGCAAGACUAUAAGGAAAGAGUAUGCACAACGUAUUCCAUCAGGUGGGGAUGGUGAGACACUGAAAUUUUUUGGCCAGUCUAUCCACGGAGAAAUGGAUUUAAAUGGUGACGGUCUGACAGAUGUGACUAUUGGGGGCCUUGGUGGUGCUGCCCUCUUCUGGUCCCGAGAUGUGGCCGUAGUUAAAGUGACCAUGAAUUUUGAGCCAAAUAAAGUGAAUAUUCAAAAGAAAAACUGCCAUAUGGAGGGAAAGGAAACAGUAUGCAUAAAUGCUACAGUGUGUUUUGAUGUGAAAUUAAAAUCUAAAGAAGACACGAUUUAUGAAGCUGAUUUGCAGUACCGUGUCACCCUAGAUUCACUAAGGCAAAUAUCACGAAGUUUUUUCUCUGGAACUCAAGAGAGAAAAGUUCAAAGGAACAUCACAGUUCGAAAAUCAGAAUGCACUAAGCACUCCUUCUACAUGUUGGACAAGCAUGACUUUCAGGACUCUGUGAGAAUAACGUUGGACUUUAAUCUUACCGAUCCAGAAAAUGGGCCUGUUCUUGAUGAUUCUCUACCGAACUCAGUACAUGAAUACAUUCCUUUUGCCAAAGAUUGUGGAAACAAGGAAAAAUGUAUCUCGGACCUCAGCCUGCAUGUCGCCACCACAGAAAAGGACCUGCUAAUUGUCCGGUCCCAGAAUGAUAAGUUCAAUGUUAGCCUCACAGUCAAAAAUACAAAGGACAGUGCCUACAACACCAGGACAAUAGUGCAUUAUUCUCCAAAUCUAGUUUUUUCAGGAAUUGAGGCUAUCCAAAAAGACAGCUGUGAAUCCAAUCAUAAUAUCACAUGUAAAGUUGGAUAUCCCUUCCUGAGAAAAGGAGAGAUGGUAACUUUCAAAAUAUUGUUUCAGUUUAACACAUCCUAUCUCAUGGAAAAUGUGACCAUUUAUUUAAAUGCAACAAGCGACAGCGAAGAACCUCCUGAAACCCUUUCUGAUAAUGUAGUAAACAUUUCUAUCCCGGUAAAAUAUGAAGUUGGACUACAGUUUUACAGCUCUGCAAGUGAAUACCACAUUUCAAUUGCUGCCAAUGAGACAGUCCCUGAAGUUAUUAAUUCUACGGAGGACAUUGGAAAUGAAAUUAAUAUCUUCUACCUGAUUAGAAAAAGUGGAUCUUUUCCAAUGCCAGAACUUAAGCUGUCAAUUUCAUUCCCCAAUAUGACAUCGAAUGGUUAUCCUGUGCUGUACCCAACUGGAUUGUCAUCUUCUGAUAAUGCAAACUGCAGACCCCAUAUCUUUGAGGAUCCUUUCAGUAUAGACUCUGGAAAGAAAAUGACUACAUCAACUGACCAUCUCAAACAAGGCACAAUUCUGGACUGCAAUCCAUGUAAAUUUGCUACCAUCACAUGUAAUCUCACUCCUUCUGACGUGAGCCAAGUGAAUGUUUCACUUAUCUUGUGGAAACCAACUUUUAUAAAAUCAUAUUUUUCCAGCUUAAAUCUUACUAUAAGGGGAGAACUUCGGAGUGAAAAUACAUCACUGGUUUUAAGUAGCAGCAAUCAAAAAAGAGAGCUUGCUAUUCAAAUAUCCAAAGAUGGGCUACCAGGCAGAGUGCCAUUAUGGGUCAUCCUGCUGAGUGCUUUUGCUGGAUUAUUGCUGUUAAUGCUGCUCAUUUUAGCACUGUGGAAGAUUGGAUUCUUCAAAAGACCACUGAAAAAGAAAAUGGAGAAAUGAAAUAUUUUACAAAAGAAAAUAAUAACAAUUAUUCAAUAAUCUAUCCUCAGGUUUGCCUCAAAUAUGUGACAAGAAAUGUAUAAUUCAUGACAUAGUCAUAUAACUAUGUAAUCCAUCAGGGAUUCAUUAUUUGGAAAAUGACAAGUCAUGCAUUAUCCUAAAACAAUACCAAAAAGACAUAAUUUAUAAAAUGAUAAAAAAUAUUUUACAUAAUUACUCAUUUUUGUUGAGUAAGCAAAAUUACAAUGUGUUUUUAAAAAAUCCUGUACAAAUAUGUUUAUGUAUUAAAUCACCAUCCAAAAUAUUUAAGGAAUACAUAAGAAGAUUGUUAUGAUCAUAGAAACAUCUAUUUUCAAAACAAUAUAAAUUAAGCUUUUCCCCUUGAUUCCUGUUGGACAUCCAUGUUCAGCAUGACAGUCAGCACUUGUAAAUGCCAAGAAAAUAAUUACCUGAAAAAGAUCAUUUCUCCCGAUCCAAAUGAGAACACGUUCCCUUGGUAGAAUCCAUAUACAAUAUGGACUGAAAAUUAAGUCACAAAGAAUACAUUUAGCAUCUUUGUGUUGGAUUCUAUACCUAAAAAGUUUCCUCCCCGCCCCAAGGUGAUUGGAAAGUACUGAAAUUGAGCUGAAAUUUUAUCUAGGAUGGAAAAUCAGGAUAGACUCAUUUGAAAACAAGUAUACUAAAUGGGUUAAAUUAAGCUUUUACAGGAGAUACUUAAUUUUGAUAUUGAGCUCUAAAUGCAAAACUCUUUUAUACUGAAAAAACACUUAAAGCAGUUUUGUGUGGAAUCACAGUGAUUUGUCAUGAAAAGCCAUAUGUGGGGGACAUGAUAAAAUGGCUUCUGAAUGAAACAUGACAGCAGAGAAAGAUGCCACUGAAAUGCUGAAAUUAUCUUUACUGAGCAGCUUUUGAAUGCUAAGCGUUCCAGUAUGUGACCCAAAGAAGUUGUCUCAACUUCUUGGUACAUGGUUCAUUCAAACCCCCAAGCUGUGAGAUUGUGUUUAUUUUUAAUUUUUUAAAAGGUAUUUAAUUUCCAACCACAUUUCUUAUUUUUGUGAAAAGACAGUAUUCCAUUUCAGUAUUACAUUUUACCAAGAAGUCACGGCUUUUUAAGUGCAGUGCAUCAAUAUUUAAAUAAAAUUCCAGAAAUAUAUUUUAAAGAAUUUCAGGUUUGAAAACUCAAACCAACAGAAAGAUAUCACACCUUUGUAUGUGCUUCUUUGUUCUUGAAGUAGUCAUUAUGGUUCAUUGGAAUCUACUGUAGCAUAAGCUCCUAGGUUGCUCCAUUUCUUAGGAAAAUAGCAAUGAAUGAAUGUAUAGUAGCUGCAUGUGUGAACUACUGCUGUAAAGUUUGCUGACAUUUCUGCAAAAACUCCAUUUCUCCACCUGAUUUACCAGAACCUGUAACAAGACCAGAACAUGUAUUUAUCCAGAAACUCCUGGGGUCUGUUUUGUUCAAAAAGGACCAAAUCCACAAAGAAAUUAAAUGUUAUAAAUUUAUUUUUUUCAAACUAAUUUUCAAAGAAUUUAGCUGAAGAUUCAGAGUCAGCCUACCUCUUGACUCUCCACAUCUGCAUCUAAGAUCCUGAAGGUCAAAGGGAUGUGCCUGUGGGAUGCCAAAGCCAUCAGUAGCUGGAAGAAAGAAAACCUCUUUUUAGAGGUUUGCUGUCCUCUUGCUAGCCUGUCAUUAUUCGGAAAUACGUGCUUUUGGAAUUUCCUUCAUUUUCGCUAUCACCAGGUUCAGAAAUCAUACCUUCCACUUGUUCUUUAUUUGCACAGUAGAACUCAGGGUUUCUCUUAUUCGGAGUUACCAUGUUGCACACCCCCAGUGUUCAGCCUGCCCAGAAGCCCUGCUCUGAUCUCAGCAAGUUCUUAGUAGUAAAGCUAACGGAUCCAUUGAAAUUCAUACUCAGCAUUUGUGACUACUAGACAAAGCCAUUUACUGAACCAUGAGUGUGCACUUUUAAACUAAAUUGUUAACUGAAAGGUAAAAAAUAUAAAUGAGGGCAUUUUGAAGUUUUUAGAAAAGAGAGGAAGAGCUGUUGGCCAGAUCAGAGAUACUUACAAGUCUGGCACAAUUUUUAACAUAAGUCAUUCCUGGUUAUUAAGUAAAUUAUUUCAUGAACCAGAAUUCCUGUUUCUCUAAUAUUAAAAUUUGUUAAGGUUUGUGUGUAUGUGUGUGUGUGCAUGUGCAGACACACAUAUAAAUUGAAUACAAAAAUAGCUCGAUAACACCAAAAAACAGAGUUUACAGAAAAUAAACACAAAAGCUAUACCUGCAAGACAAGUUUGAGUCAUCUGCUUUUCAUAUAGUUUCAUUUUUAUUAAUAUUUAGGUUUAACUUAUAGUUCUACAAUUAUUUAAAAAACAAGUUCAGAGCAUUUGAUUAAAAAAAGUCAACAGAUGUUUCAAAAUAGCUUUGUACAAAUGUUAUAAAACAUAUUUAAUGAUUAAGAAAUAUACUAGACUCUAUCAUGUACUUUUAAAACAUUUAAUUAGAAAAUGAUAUUUAAGACUAUUUAUAAACUUAUUGGCUAAAUUGCCAAAAACUUUCUUUUUCUCUAACUUUGGUAUUCUAAAUAGUUGAUUAUUGCUCCCAUUGCAAACUGAACCAUGUAUGCACUCUCUUUUCUGACCAAACUACAAUGGUAUAUUGGUAAAUUAUUUAACAACACAGGAAGGAAAGGAAGUCUCUGAUUUGUAUCAUUUGCCAAUUUCCAUGGUCUAAAUAUUCUGUCUUCAUUUUCAAACUACCAAAGUGAACCUAAUCAGCUUACAAAAUUCUUGGAAAUGUAUCUGCCAGCUCUUACCAACCAGUGUGAGCUGACUUCAGCACACCACUGAGACAGAUUACACAAUAGAUAGAUUCGAUAGAUAGAUAGACAGACAGAUAGACAGAUAGAUAGAGACUGAUAGAGAACAUAUUGUGUCUAUAUAAAUAUCCAAUGACACACAGUAUGAUCAUAUUUUAAAUCAUGCCAAAAGUACUGAUUAUAUAAAGUCCAGUAGACAAUGCUACACAACACCCAUUCUUUAAUUUUGAUUUCUAAAAUUAUAACCUUCUUUUGAUAUUAAUAAAGUGUUAUGAACUUGCAGGAGAAGGAAGGAGUUGAAAGAAGGAAAAUACAAAGGGUGAUCCACAGUGAAAAUCAGACCUACACAGCAGCCACAAAAAAAUUGUCUCAUUUUCACAAGGAAUCCAGAGUCCAGUGAGACACAUUACAACAGAUGAUACUUUGUAAAUAUUUUUAACUUCUGUGAUCAAAUUUCAACUUCAUUGGUCCAAUGUGUCAAACUAUUUUCCUCUGAGCACUAGAUUCAUGGGCAAUUUAAUCUCUGAAUAUUUUCUGUGUCAUAAGUGUGCUUGAAAAGAGGCUUGUAGUAAAGAGAUAUUUUUACAAAAUUUGAUGCUUCUGCAGCCAUAAUAAUUUUAUCUAUAAAUGCAUAUAUACAUAUAUAUACAUACACUCACAUGUAGAUAUUUACAUAUAUGGAUGUUCUCUUUUCCUUUUAUAAAAUCAAAGUCUAGGUUCAAUUGGAAAAUGGAAAUAUUUACACCAAAAGAAAAAAGUGCCAUUGUUGUAAUCAACGGAGUAAAGCUGGGGUAUAGUAGAGGCUGGGGAAGCCCUGCCCAUGUUCUCUCCAAGGCCACAGCUUGCACACUGUGAGUGGUGGCCCCGCUGGCUCCAUGGAGUGUGCCUUCACACAGGGGAAUGUCCUUGUCCAACACGCUACAAUCUACUCCAUGGGAACUGACCGUCUUGCUUUUCACAAAAUUGAGAAACAGGCCCAGAGCCUGUCUCAUGUGCCAGGUGCAGUCACAUUAUUGUUCAAAUAAAGUGGUUUCUGACAAAUCAGGUUUUCAAAAUAGCAUCCUAUGUACUCUUCAUUUCUUCCAACAACUCUCAGGCCCCCUUUUGCCAGUUUUCUCCCCCAGGGGAGAUUUUCAAGACUACUGGAGAAAAAUCUGUUAAUAAAGCAUUUGCUCUGAGUUCCAGCUUCAGUGACUCAAUCAUUUACACAGGAUUUCAGUGUUUUGUUCUGCAGUGGUGUUCUAAAGGGUUCACACAGUAUAAUGGAGGAGGGGCAAAGCAGAAUAUACGUCUAAGCUGGAACAUCUGUAAGACAUUUACAAACUGUUAUGGGAUGCUAUCAGCAACUGCCUGGGGAAGCUAGCAGGAUUUAGCUCUUCAAUGGCCCUCCAAAUGCACCUAACAAUCUCCAGCCUCACCCAUGGAAAUCAUCUAAAAAAUGAGAAGAAGGGCCUUAAAAUCCUCAAGUGGAUGCUGUAUUUAUAACUAAAAUGUGCAGUUUAAUUCUAAAUAGCAGGCUUUUAAAUGCAAACAGUUUCAAGGUGAGUCCUUCCAAUCAGACUGCUGAUUCUACACCAUUUUCACACAGAAUUUCUGAAACCAUCACCAGGUGUUAAUUCUGUUAACUGUAGUGAAAGGAAACCCAAUACACAUUACAAAAGGCUAAAAGCUGCUGUUUUUAAGUGGAAGCACUGUUGUACAACACUCUUAGGGAGAAUAAGAAAAAUAGGGUUAAACUGUAACAUUGUAAUCUGAUGAACAAGUCAGCAUCUUUGAUCUUCAGGUUAAAAUUAAAUCUUAAAUUUAGAAAUUCAAAGUAACAGCCUUUAACCAUUAACCUAGAAGAAAAUGUGAAGUAGCGUCUGGAGUCUCUUAAGCCCCAGCCCUGUUGUCCCCUGUAGCAGCUGGUACCCAGGAAGUCCAGUUCCUAACUAAUGGGAAUGGAUCCUUUUCCCAUUAUAAAGGGCCUAUGCUCAACCCUUGAACCCACCAGCAUUCUUAUGCCCCAGGAUCUGCACCUUCCAUCAGGCACCCAGGAAUGCUUCUCGUUGAUAUUUUACCAUACCAAAAACUAUGUAAGGGUGACUCAUCACUCCUAACUUUGGACUCCUUGCUUUGAGAUCAGUAUUUUUUUUCUCUCUCUACUUUACGUAUACCAAAAGCUUUCCCCAGUAGCUAAUGAAUUUAGAACUUUAUACAAGACUCCCUAGCAUUUUCCUCCUCCCACAGGUUGGAGAAUUUCAAUGCUAUGAGACUGGGCAGUAGGAGCCAGAGCCAAUUUGUAGGAUCUCUCUUCCUUCUGCCUUCCAGUUGACUUUUCUUCUCAGCAGCACAGUGGAGAUGAUAUGGGGCUUCCUCAGCACCAGUGCCAGGUGACAAUCUUUCUGUCAUGCUGCUGCAGCAUUUUGCACCUUGAGAGACAGGAAAAAAAAAUGGGGAUGAGGGAGUGGGAGAUGAUGACUAUUUCUCUUUUAUGUCUACAUCCUUACUCCUCAAAAUAAGCCCACUCAGACCCCAUGUACCCUGCCCACAAUACUAACACAUGUACUUUGCAUAAAUAGUUGAUUAAAUAAGAGCAAAAGUAUAUUCUGAUGUGUAGAUUAACCAAGACUAAUUUCGUGGAGUUUAAAACACUUUGGAUUCAAGUAAAAACAAUCACUUAAUGCAGCAACAUCUCAGACCCUCUUCACUCAAGAACCAUUUUAUACAAGAGAACUCAACAUUUACUGUUUUAUUUCUGGUACUGACUGACAUUACUCAGGAUGCAACAUUCCUUAUUAGGAAAAAUUGGCCUGUAAGGAGAAUGGUAUACUGUGUAUUACUACUGUAAGACUGUAAAAUUGUUAAUGAACAGUGUAAAGAAUUAUAUUCAUUUUAUUAGCAAAAGAAAAUAUUGCAUACAAGAACUACUGCCCUGAAACAUCCGUCACUCCAGUAAACUGUUCUGCCUGAUCCAACAUAAAGUUAUAUUUCAUUGCUCAUUUUUUAUUUGCCUCACUAAAAUGAAUAACUUAAGGGAAUGUGCAUUUCUAUAAGACAUUAAUUGGAUAAACUCAUUAGAAGAAAAUGUUUCGAUUGCAUUCAAGAACAAAGAAGCAUAACCUUUGUUGACUGUAGUAAUUUAUUAUAUGCUUCAUUUAAACCCAUUUUGUAAAGAAAUCAGGGCGCAAAGAGCAAAGAGUGAAGGGGGAAAGAUGGGUAAGGUAAUAUCACCAAGAAUGAUAGCAUAUUUGGCCUUGUUUAUUAUGCAAACCACAUGUAUUAUUUUAUUAAUACAGUCAUUUAAUCUGAUAUAAUUAGAAACAGCUGAGAGAGUAAAAAAGCAUUCUGAAUGUCCUGUGUAUGGCAUAUCCUGUACACUGAUUGAAGGUCAGAGCUUUGGUAUUUUUGUAUAAUUCUAUCUUAUCUGGUGCAUCAGCUGUGUAUUUUACGUCAAGGUAAAUGAGCAUCCUGUCUUAUAUGUUAAAUAAAAAGAUGACUUUUUCAAAGAA